UUUUGUUCCUCCGUUGACUAACGGCGUCUGCGCAACUCCGUAGCUGAACGAAGCAGUGCAUUGGAUAUUUUCACGGCCUUUCAAAUUGUUAAGAUUCAUUCCGAAAUCUAACCGCAAAGAUCAAACCUAAAGUUUUACGUCUUUUAACAGUUGAGGAUUGACGGAAGCAGUACCUCAAACUGGAAUCGCUGGCUGUUGAAAAGGAAAAUCAGGACCAUAAACAAAUGAUUGGAUUAUAAAUGGACCGAAACUAUUGGAUUAAGAAGCCUGUUGAAACUAAAAGGGAAGGAUCUUAAAGCGUUUCACCCACCAAGAGUUGUAUUUCUUAUAAUGGCCUUCUCAAACUACAGCAGCUUAAACCGAGCGCAACUCACCUUUGAGUACCUGCACACAAACUCGACAACCCAUGAGUUCCUCUUUGGAGCCCUGGCUGAGCUUGUGGACAAUGCAAGGGAUGCUAAUGCAACAAGAAUUGAUAUCUACACAGAGAGCAGGCCAGACCUUCGAGGAGGUUUCAUGCUAUGUUUCCUUGAUGAUGGAACAGGAAUGGACCCCAAUGAAGCAACUCAUGUAAUCCAGUUUGGGAAGUCCAGCAAGAGGUCCCCUGAAUCAACACACAUCGGACAGUAUGGAAAUGGGUUGAAAUCGGGGUCCAUGCGGAUAGGGAAGGACUUUAUUCUGUUUACCAAGAAAGAAAACAUGCUGACCUGCCUAUUUCUGUCUCGGACCUUUCACGAGGAGGAGGGUUUAGAUGAGGUUAUUGUUCCUCUUCCCACCUGGGACAAUCAGAAUAAGCAGCCAGUCACACAGGAUCCAGAAAAGCAUGCUAUUGAAACUGAGCUCAUCUACAAAUACUCACCAUUCAAAACGGAGGCCCAGCUCAUGGAGCUGUUUAAGAAAAUUGAAGGAGACAGUGGGACCCUGGUCAUAAUCUAUAAUCUGAAGUUGAUGGACACCAGGGAACCCGAGCUGGAUGUGGAGACAGACCACCAAGACAUCCUGAUGGCUGGGACAACCCCAGAAGGAGUGAAGCCUGAGCGCCUCUCUUUCCGGGCCUAUGCUGCUGUCCUCUACAUCGACCCCAGAAUGAGGAUCUUCAUCCAGGGGCACAAAGUGCGCACCAAGAGGCUGUCCUGUUGCCUCUACAAGCCAAGGGUAUACAAGUACACUUCCACACGCUUCAAAACCCGGACUGAGCAGGAGGUGAAAAGGGCCAACCAUCUUGCUAAGAUAGCUGAGGAGAAGGCGAGAGAGGCAGAAAGCAAAAGUUUAUCCCUAGAGCUGAAGCUGGGAGGAGACCUUUCCCGAGAUGCAAGGACUACACUCCGGAAAUCUCAGGAGUUGGCCAUGAUGCUGCGCCGAGAAGCAGAUGUUAAGCGGAAGAUCCUGGAGAACAAACAAAAAGCCCUGAAGGAACCCAAGGAACUUUGCUUCAUAUUUGGAGUGAACAUUGACCAACGGGAGCUUGAUGGCAUGUUCGUGUAUAACUGCAGCCGACUCAUCAAGAUGUAUGAGAAAGUUGGCCCCCAGCUAGAGGGAGGCAUGGCAUGUGGGGGUGUGGUUGGAGUUGUAGAUGUGCCUUACCUAGUCCUGGAGCCCACACACAACAAGCAGGACUUUGCGGAUGCAAAGGAGUACCGCCACCUGCUGAAAGCCAUGGGUGAACACCUGAUCCAGUACUGGAAAGACGUGUCAAUUGCCGAGAAGGGGAUUGUAAAAUUCUGGGAUGAAUUUGGCUAUCUCUCUGCCAACUGGAACCAGCCACCUUCCAGUGAGCUGCGGUACAAGCGGCGUCGAGCCAUGGAAAUUCCUGUUACAAUCCAAUGUGACAAGUGUUUGAAAUGGCGCACUCUCCCUUUCCAGCUGGAUGCCGUGGAUAAGCGGUAUCCUGACAGCUGGGUCUGUCUUAUGAACCCAGACAGCAUGCAGGACAGGUGUGAUGCUCCAGAGCAGAAGCAAAACCUUCCAGUGGGAGUGCUGCGUAAGGACACAAAAUCCACAGAAGACAAGCAGAAAGAGCUUUCUGAGAAGAUCAGGCAGCAGCAAGAGAAGCUGGAGGCCCUCCAGAAAAUCACUCCCAUAAAAUCUCAGGCAGAUGUGAAGAAAUUACCUCUGGAUGUCAGCAUGAAGACAGCAAGUCCUCAGGCCACUCGGGCAUUUGAAAGAACAGUGCGACCUCGCUCCCCACCACUCCCGGCUGUGAUCAAGAAUGCGCCCAGCCGACUGUCCAUGUCCAAGCCCCCGCCACUCAGCAGGAAACCUAGCACCCCGACACGGACAGCCAGGACUUCCGUCUCCUCUUCCCCACAACCUCCACCUAUCAGAAUGGAGGACUCUGCCCCCAAGGGGCGAGCUGCAGCUGCCAGAAAGACUCCUCCAUCCCCCAGCUCUAGGACUCCAGCCGUCAAACCUGUCACCCACACACUGCCCCCUAGCAGAGGAGCAGCCAGUCGCAGACCACAGAGCAUAGCAAAGCAGACCCCUUCAACAAGCAGACAGCGUAAGAUGGUGGCUGACAAGGAGAGUACUGAUGAGGAGGAAGAGGAAGAUGAUGAACAAGAAGAAGAAAGUGAAGAGGAGAAGGAGCCACAGCCAAAGAAAAGCAAACUAGGCUCAGCAGUGGCAGAAUGCGGCAAGGCAGUGAAGAAGGCAGAGCCAAAGCUAGGGAAGAUGAUGGAGGUGCAAGCACAGACAGCAGAGGGUAGAGUGAUGAUGGAGAAUGUCCCAGGCUCCCAGUGCAGAACCUCCCCUCUGUCCAUCAGCAGUACAGAGAAAGAGGGGAAACAAAAACAGGGCUCUCGAAAGAAGGGGCUAGCAGCUGCAAUUGAGCCCCAGCUCACCAGGGCAGCGCUGUCUGUGCCCGCCCCCAUGCAGCCCCCUGCCCUAAAGUUCAGCAGUCGAGCAGUAGUGAAGAUCACAGACAGCACAGAGGAUCAGGAGUCAGAGAAGGACCUGAAGGACGCACAAAAAGACAAAGGUCAGCUGGUUGAGGUGAAGGUGAACAGGGAGUGGUUCACUGGCCGGGUGGCCGCCGUGGAAGCCAGCAAGCAGAGCAUUCGCUGGAAGGUCAAGUUUGACUAUGUUCCCACCACUGCAACACCUCGUGACCGAUGGGUGUUUAAGGGCAGCGAUGAAGUACGGUUGAUGCGUCCUCCAUCCCCCGUGUCCCAGAGUCCUGACACCCAAGACGAGACUGAGAAGGCGUCAGCUCGUAUGGAACCUGACACUACACAGCCUGGCACAAGCCGUGAGGUCACUGACAGCCUGGUCAUUAUGAUGAGAACGUUCCUGCGUUACUUUUUUCCUCCCGAUUUCCGAAUCCCAAAAGAUGAUGUGAAUACCAUGACUGCAGAAGAGCUGGUGGCAUUUCCAAUGAAGGAGUACUUCCAGCAGUAUGAACUGGGCCUACAGAGCCUGUGCAACUCCUACCAGACCCGAGCAGAUGCCCGGGCUCGUGCUGUAGAGGAGAAGAGCAGCAGUGCAGAGGCUCGGCUUCGCGAGUCAGAGGAGAAACUCCAAAAGCUGCGCACCAACAUUGUGGCUCUGCUGCAGAAAGUCCAAGAGGACAUUGACAUCAACACUGAUGAUGAGCUGGAUGCCUACAUUGAAGAUCUGCUCACCAAAGGGGACUGACCUUAACUUCUGUUAUGUUGGCCCAGACAGACACUGACUUACCUGUGCUACACAUGGCUGGAUUACUCCAGCCUUGCUAGCAAAUCUUGUUCUGUUCCUGUUCAAACUUGUUCUAUUUUCUGCUGGUCAAGGUGUUGUCAAGCAGCAGCUGGAAACAGUGGGUUGCUACAAUGGCAGAGAUGUGAUGGACUCUUGUAUAUGGGACUUUCCUCCUGCAUAAUGCCCCAGUUCAAUAUUGUCUGCUACCAUUUGAGGAUUUUUGGAAAUUUUAGUCUUGAGUUGAUCUUGGAUGUCUGUAUACGAAUACUGUCAGUUGCAAGAGGAAUUACAGAUUGGUUAUGGACCAACGUAACAUGAAUGGAACCUGAAACAACCCAACAUAUUCAGAAUACUAUCAUUCCACAGCUACGCUUCUUCGAUGUGUAAGAAAAGUGUUGUAUAGAUCUACCGGAACAAGGUUUAUAACCCUUUGAACUGUAUUGCAAGGCUGCAGAGGAACUCCUCAGGCUCUUUGAGGUUUUUUCAUUUUAUAGUGUUUUUGAUUUGUUUUUUUUGUACGAGUGAACAUGCCCUUGGAAUGCAUGUUUUUUCCCCACAUAUUGUUUAGCUAAGGCUAGUGUAAUUCUGGAACCAUUGUUUAAACCUGGUAUAUCAAGCAAAGGUCACCACCGGAGCAUGUAGUCUGUAGGGGACAUGAAUUUACAUGCUGGAUCAUCUUAUUUUUUUUGCAAAUGGAUUCUGUUGCUUUGUAAAUGCACUUUAGUUAAACACAUUAUGUUUUGAUGCUCUGUAAUGUAGUUGUAGUUGGUGAAUGUCUGAAAGGAGCAAGAAAAUUGCCAUUUCAAGCAGCAUUGCCCAUUACACUUAGGUAGAUGUGAAUUGAGAAUCUGUUGGUUUAGUUUUCUUCUUACAGACCUGCACAUCAGUUAACAAUCACCAACUAUGAUUCCUGGGGAAUGCAAUUCCUGAGGGCAUUAUAGUUGGCAUUUACAAUUUAAUCCUGGUCUGUUAUCCAGGGUGCUUUUGCCAGUCAGGGAGAAGUGGGGGCAGGGUGUCAUUAAAGGGGUCAUGGUCUUCCAUAUGGUCUUUAUUUUUUGUCCCUCACAGUGAAUAUUGUUCAAAAUGAGUGAAAUAACAAAUUUAAAAAGUACAAUGAAUCAACCAAACAUUUGGGGGCCUUCCCAUAAGCUUCCCCUCAAGCCAAAGUGUUUUCUGGGCUUUAUCAGUAUAUAUUAUUUUUAAAACAUUUUAGUCAUAAUUACUGCAUUAACCUCUACAUUUGUUGCUUUUUUAAAUCUUGGAGAAGUAAUCUGGAUUUUUGAAUUGCCCAAAAAUAUGUUGGGAGUUAAUUUACAGUUGAGGGGGUGUCUUUGUUCUGUGGUAAUGUUUCUUUUAAGAAUAUUUUUAAAAUAUCAAAGAACUGUUUUAUUAAAAGGUGUGAUUUA